AUGAUCAAGCAAGGAUUCAAUAUACUAACAAGAACUGUCACACCCGUACAAUCUUCCCUACUAAAGUCACACAUUAUCGCAUAAUCAUUAAGAUGCUUUGCUUCAGGGACAAAGCUUCAAAAGUUUGACUACCUAGAUCCACUCAUCAUUGAGGACUUACUCACUGAGGAUGAGAAAAUGGUAAGAGAUGCUGCUAGGGGAUAUGCUCAGGAGAAGUUGAUGCCCAGAAUCAGACAGGCCUACAAUGAGGAGAAAUUUGACGUCAAAAUUAUGAGAGAGUUUGGUGAGCAAGGCUUCCUAGGUUGCACCAUCAAUGAAUAUGGGCUACCAGGUGUCUCAUCUGCUGCUUAUGGUUUGAUAAAUAGAGAGGUAGAGAGAGUUGAUAGUGGAUAUAGAUCUGCCUUGUCAGUUUAGUCAUCUCUUGUUAUGUACCCGAUUUAUACCUAUGCUAGCAAAUCAGUCAAGGACGCACUUAUUCCUAAACUCGCAACUGGAGAGUUAAUUGGAUGCUUUGGUUUGACUGAGCCAAAUCAUGGAUCAGACCCUGGAUCAAUGGAGACUAAUGCAAAAGACAUGGGUGACCACUUUUUGCUAAACGGUAGCAAAACAUGGAUUACCAACUCACCUCAUGCAGAUGUAUUCGUGAUUUGGGCGAAGGAUGAAUCAAAGGAAAUUAAGGGAUAUGUUUUGACCAGAGACAUGAAGGGCAUUUCCACCCCUAAAAUAGAAGGAAAGCAUUCCCUAAGAGCUUCUACAACAGGAAUGAUUAUGCUCGAUGAUGUUAGAGUCCCUAAGGAAAACAUUCUCAACGUUAAAGGUCUCAAGGGACCUUUCAGUUGUCUAAACUAAGCCAGAUUUGGUAUUGCUUGGGGAACUUUAGGAGCAGCAGAAUUUUGUUUCCAUUAAGCUCGUGAGUAUACCUUAAACAGAAAGCAAUUCGGCAAACCUCUUGCCUAGACUCAGUUAAUCUAGAAAAAGAUGGCAGAUAUGUUGGUUGAAAUCACUCUAGGACUUCAUUCAGUAUUAAGACUUUCCAGAUUAAAGGAUGAGGAUAAGUUAGCCCCAGAGAUGAUCUCUAUGUUAAAGAGAAACAACUGUGGAAAGUCAUUGGCAAUCGCUAGAGAUGCGAGGGAUAUGCUUGGUGGUAACGGUAUUGUAGACGAGUAUCAUAUCAUAAGACAUCUAUGUAAUCUAGAGACUGUUAAUACCUACGAGGGUACUCAUGAUAUUCAUGCUCUUAUCAUCGGAAGAGCCAUCACUGGCCUUCAAGCAUUUUAAUGA